CUGCGCGAACACGUCCCCAACGGCGCCGCCAACAAGAAGAUGAGCAAGGUGGAGACGCUGCGCUCCGCCGUCGAGUACAUCCGCGCCCUGCAGCGCCUGCUCGCCGAGCACGACGGCGCCGCCGCGCCCGCCGCCUUCCCCGCGCCUCGCGGCGGCGGCUGCGGCUCCGCCUCGCCCUCCUUCGGCUCCUCGGCGCCCGGCUCGCCCUGCUCCUCCGAGGAGAGCGGCUACGAGGCGGCGCUGAGCCCCGACGAGCGGGACCUGCUCGAGCUCACCGGCUGGCUCGGCGCCUACUGACGUCCCGCUGCUCCCAGGAGGACUUAUUUCCCCUAGGAGAAACUGGUUUCCUUGCAGGAGGACUUACUUCCCUACGAGAAACUGGUUUCCUGCCGUUUAUUCCGCAAGGGAACGGACCGGGGAGCCCGAGCUGCCCUUGGCCGGCGCCGGCCCCCGCUGCCCGCCGGGACGGCGCAGCUUAGGUAAAGAAAAGCUCUUUGCAACACUUUGCUACGGGACUGUAACGUUAUCUCGGGGCUUAACUGUGGUGUCCACGUUUGCCUGGUGUGAAGGUUCACGUCUCUUAAAAACUGAAGUUUUUUUCU